AAAGAAAGGAGGGGGGGAGGGAAAGAGGGGAAAGCAAGGGGGGGAGAAAAAGGAGGAAGAGGUGCCCGGCUGCAGGCGAAAGCGGAGCAGCAGCCCCGGCGCAGAGCAAGGUGCCGCCGCUGCCCAGCUGGCGAGGGCGGAGAGGCGCCCGCGAAGCCCCGGCCGCAGCCGCCCCAAGCCGGCAGCGCGGCGGCUUCCUCCCGGCGCCUUGGGCUCCCGGGUAUAUGUGUGCGCCUGGCCAUGUCGUAUCCUCAGGGUUACUUGUACCAGCCGUCAGCGUCCUUGGCUCUCUAUUCCUGCCCGGCGUACAGCACCAGCGUGAUCUCCGGACCCAGGACCGAUGAACUUGGGAGAUCUUCUUCGGGCUCCGCUUUUUCCCCUUAUGCCGGAUCUACCGCCUUUACCGCCCCUUCCCCGGGUUACAACUCCCACCUCCAGUACGGCACCGACCCGGCCGCCGCCGCCGCCGCCGCCUUCACUUCCUACGUGGGCUCGCCCUACGACCACACGCCGGGCAUGGCCGGUUCCCUGGGGUACCACCCGUACGCGGCGCCGCUCGGCUCCUACCCCUACGGGGACCCCGCGUACCGCAAGAACGCGACGCGGGACGCCACGGCCACCCUCAAGGCCUGGCUCAACGAGCAUCGGAAAAAUCCCUACCCCACCAAGGGCGAGAAGAUCAUGCUGGCCAUCAUCACCAAAAUGACCCUCACCCAGGUCUCCACCUGGUUCGCCAACGCGAGGCGGCGGCUCAAGAAGGAGAACAAAAUGACCUGGACCCCACGAAACCGCAGCGAGGACGAGGAGGAAGAAGAGAACAUCGACCUGGAGAAGAAUGACGAGGACGAGCCUCAGAAACUGGAGGACAAGGGGGACCCCGGGACUCCGGACACAGGAGCGGCGGAUCCCAAGGCAGCUCCGGGCUGCGAGCGCCUCCAGGAGUCCCCCGGCCCCCGGGAGGCCGAGAGCGGCCUCAGCGACUCGGAUUGCAAAGAGCUAGCGGAGGAGCGGCUCGACGGGCCGCCCGGCCCUCACAAGGCGCCCGGUGCUUCCCCGCUGGGACCGUGCCCGGCGGGCCGCGGGCCUCCUCCGGCGGGCGGCGAGGAGCCCCCGCCGUACCGCCCGCCCUCCGCCGCCGCCGGGCCGCCUCACGCCGCCGACCUGCACCCGCUGCUGCCCGCCGCCACCGGCGCCUCCGUCAUCCACUCGCCGCAGCAGGCGGCCCUCGCCAAGCCCAAGCUCUGGUCGCUGGCCGAGAUCGCCACCUCGGCGGACAAGGCUAAGGAGGCCGGCGGCGAGGCGGCACCCCCCGGCCCCGCCGUGCUGGGCGGUGGCGGCCCGUCCCGCUCUCCGCCGCGGCCGCGCUCUCCGGCCGCGCAGUGCCCCUUCCCCAACGGAGCGGUCCUGCCCCGGCCGCUCUACUACACGGCGCCCUUCUACCCCGGCUACACGAACUACGGCUCCUUCGGGGCCCUGCACGGGCACCCCGCCGGCGGCCCCGCCGCAGCAGCCCCCGGCGCCCACUUCAAUGGAUUAAAUCAGACUGUCCUCAGCAGAGCCGAGAGCCUGGCUAAAGACACUAAAAUGAUCAGGAGCCAGUCCCAAGUAGACCUUUGCAAAGACUCACCUUACGAACUGAAGAAAGGUAUGUCCAACAUUUAAUAUCGGCUUCUCAUCCCUAACCCCUUCUGGGACUGUGGUUUUGUUCCUUUUCUUUUUCUUUUCUUUUUAUUUUUUAUUUUUCCUUUUUUAAUUUAUUUGAGAGAAAUAAUAAAUUGCUUUGGCAGUUAUUUUUCCAGUACCAAAAGAAAAACAAAACAAACAGAAAAAGACCAGUUCCCCCCUCCCUCCCAGCACCCUCUUCAAAAGUUUAUAAGAGUCUAUUUGAAAUGGCUGGGUGGAAACCACCCAGAAAUGUCUUAAGCAAGUGAAAAGCAAAUGAGUGACACGCUCUCUCUCACACACACAAAGAAGAAAGAUUUGUAUUAAAUCUUAUUCUGUAUAUUUAAUGUAGCUUUUUUGUAUUUAAAUUGAUAAUACAGUAUCUUUGAAGUAAAUUAUGAAAUCAAGACAACUGUACAGGCAUUAAUGUUGUUUUCGUAAUAUAAAUAUAUACAUUUCUGUGUCUUUUUCCGAAUUGUUUCAUAGUUUUAAAAUAUAUAUAUACAAGUUUAAUUUAAUUUUUUAUGCCUAUUGUUUUUUUUUUCCCUUGGGUGUGAGUUAAACUAUAAUGCAAAAACGAGACAAAAAAAGGAAAUAGGUUAUACGUAUUAGAUUAAAAAAAACCCAAACAAACAAACUUGCAGCCGCCUUUGUAAAAUGCAAAUAUUUAAUUAAAAGAGAUUUUUAACAGAAUCAAAACCACUCUCUUUUUGCAACGGGCAGACAUGUGCAUAGCUGCGGAAAAAUAAAAGCACGUCUUAAAUGAGACGCGGGGCUCCACUGAGGACCUCAAUGUAGUACCUGAAGCCUUUUUGGAAGUGGCAGGAAAUUUUUAAGAGGUCGGGGGCUCCGGUGGAGAGAGCCGGCCGCGGGGCCAGGAGAGGAGGCGGCAGCGGGACGGGGCAGGGUGCGGGAGGGACGCUGUUCCCAGAGGUGAAGGCUUAAAUCAGGCCACGCACAAAAGCACUUGUUAGAAACACCAAAUCGAAGCGCAGUCCCAUCUUUUAACCUAAUUACUUCCAAUCAGUGUCGUGUUUUAUGCAAAGCAAUCAGCUGGUGAACUUUGCUAAUGAGUUCGAUUUUCUGCCAGAUUUAGCCCGCGUCGCUGCAGCAGCGGUGCUGCGGCGGCAGCCGGGGCCGCCGACUUCCCGGGCAAAGGCUCUCGGUGCGGCGGGGGCGGCCGCGGCCCCUUUCCCUUCCCCCGCUGCCCACGCCGGCUCUCAGCGCCGCUGCCCCCGGGCUGGGGAGGUCCCGGCGGGGCCCGCGGGCGCGCAGCCCCGCGCAGGGCCGGCCGCGGGCGCGGUGCUCCCGGCGCUGGCAGGUAGGUGUCACACUCGGCCCGGGUUUGGCUCCCGCCGCCCGCUCGGCCGUGCGGGAGUCCCGCGGGGCCGCGCUCCGCUCCGCGCUGAGCCCGCAGAGCCGCGGCUGAUGGUGGGACAGGGGCCGCGCCGCCGGGGCCAUCCCAGGCACCAGACGUCCCUUGGGUGCGGGCACAGAGAGCGCUCCGAGCCCCCUCCGCGCCGUUCUGCCCCUCCACAGCCCGAGGCAGGGGGAAGCGGGUCCCCGAGCGGAUUAGGGGCGCCCCAGAGCAGAACCUCCAACCAAGACUCAGUUCCCGUUCGUGCGGCUGCCCGAGCGGCCCCGGUCCCCUGCAAAGAAAUAAAGGCGAGGACUGUUCCAGCACCCGGCUUUGGGGACGGGUCUCUCCUUGUUCAAUGUGGAUUUUGGAGGUGUCAGCUGUACACUGACAUCGACACUGCUGAUGUGAUGGGAGUAUGACCGGGACCUCUGGGGCUGGUGCCGAGAUACCCCUCCGUUUGCUUGGAGUUUUUUUUCUUUACGAGGCAGAUAAUUAUUCUGUAAUCUCUUCAACUUUGUCAGAGCCAUUUAUUAGCUGUAACAGGUUUAUUCAUGCAUAUCUACAUUUUACGGGAUUUCAAAUAGUAGUUUGUAUUUUGAGUUUUAAAGAUGCAGUUCAUGUUCACUUGCUUAUACGAUUUUUUGUAGAUAAUCUGAUUUAAAAUCAAAAUUGUUUCAACUAAAUGUGCAAAGAAUCAAAUAUUCCUGGGAUGAUAGUAUGUUAUUUUGUAAUUUUAUUAAUGAUAAAUGAUUUUUUAAAAGA